UUAGAGUGAAAACUUUUCUCCUUUUGUCUCCGUAUAAAGGCAAGAUACUAAUCGCAGAUUUAGAAACAGUAGAUACUUUCCAUGACGUUGGAUCUGCUAACAAAAAGCUGUAAGCAUGUCGAAUGUAAUGGUAAUAACGCAGCCCCAGCCUAUGAUGAUCUCUGCCCAUUCUAGUCAAUGGGGCUCAGAUAUCUGUGAUUGCUGCUAUGACGUGCCUGAAUGUUGCUUUGCUUUCUGGUGUUUCUCGUGUUACACAUGCAUUCAAGCCAAAAACUAUGGUGAGUGUUUAUGUCUCCCUCUGCUGGAUAUGUUCUGUGGCGGAAUUAUUCCACCCAUCACCAUGUCGAUUAGGACCUCGAUGCGACAACGGUAUGGCAUACAGGGCACCAUGUGUAACGACUGCGUGUUGUCCACAUUCUGCAGACCCUGUGUUUGGUGUCAAAUGUCCAGAGAAAUGAAAGAACGAGAUCUACAAAUCGCUCUUGUUCACACUAGAAAUAUAUAAACCCUUAAUAAACUGCUGCCAAAAUGUCGGUGUCCUUAAAAUGAGGAAAAUCAUAAGCAAUAUCUCAGCAUUGGGGUUUUAUAUACUUACUAUCGAUUGGUCUUUUUAUUAUGCAUUUAUAUUGAACAAUGCCAUUGUUUUUACAUUUCUUUUGAUGUAUUUUGUGCUCAAACACAAUGCUAUUUAAGUUUGCUUUUUCUAAUGUAAAGAAAAAGAUGUAUAUAUUGUCACAUAUUGUCAUGUUUACUAAGAUACGUAUCUUAUCAUUAGUUUCUAAUCAGCAUCACUUAUAAAAUGACAUAUUAUUACACUGUAAAAAUUCUAUGAUCAAUUAGUCCUGACAGCAUAUGAUUUAGGUCAUUGUAACUUACUAAACUUAAGUUAAAAGUUAAAGUUAAUCUUGUUCUAACUUAAUUUUAUAUGUUAUCCAAGCUGUUUUACGUCAGUUUAACAUAAUAUAAGUUCAAUGGACUUGUAAGGUUAACUUGAUUCAGCUUAAAAAUUAAGGCAACCAGGAUUUUCUUUGCAGUGUAGGAAUGUAUCUUUAUGGAAAUGCUGUUGAAAUGUUGUAUAUAUUUUAUGGCACAGUAAAUGUUUAUGAGAAAAAAUAUGUAUUGCUCUCCCAUGUUGCUUUUCCAUUCGUCUUUAUUGUGAGAAUGGGAAAUCUCCAAUAUCUUUCACUUAUGUUAUUCAACAAGUUAUUGUUGUUAUUCAAUAAAUUAUUGAUCAUUUUC